AUGACACUAUGGCUUCAGUUUAUGUAUGUAUACAAAUAUGCUAUAAAUGACAUAUCACUCAUUACCAGUAUCAUUAAACUCACAUUGGACUCUCAUCCAGGUGGAGCUGCAGGAGGUGGCAGGCCUCCAGGUAAAAGGAUUACUACUGGAGGUGGUGGUGGAGGUGGCGGGCUUCAAGCUAUUGCCGGUAUACCAUGCAAUAGUGCUGGUGGUGGUGGCGUACCUCCUGGAGGUGGUGCUGGAGGCCUUCUAUCUCCAGCUACUGGUAGCGCUGGAGGUGGCGGGCCUCAAGCUACUGCCGGUAUUGCUGGUAGUGGUGGCAGGCCUCCAGAAGGAGGUGGUGGAGGCCCUCCAUCUCCAGCUACUGGCGGUGCUGGAGGUGGCGGGCCUCCAGCUACUGCUGGUAGUACUAUCGGUGGUGGCAGCAGGCCUCCUGAAGGUGGUGGUGGAGGCCCUCCACCUCCAGCUACUGGCGGAGGAGGAACUCCAUCAUUCUCAUCAUAA